GGCUAUCAGUGAUCUGCUACUUGGAGUUUUCUGUAUGCCUUUCACUUUAGCUGGUGCACUACUUCGAGAGUUUGUUUUUGGUGAAGCUAUGUGUCGCAUGAUUCCAUACUUUCAAGCUGUCUCUGUUAGUGUCAGUGCCUGGACAUUGGUAGCCAUGUCAGUUGAACGAUACUAUGCCAUCUGUCACCCGUUGAAAUCACGAGAAUGGCAGACUUUCUCCCACGCUAAGAGGAUGAUUUUGAUUGUAUGGGCGGGUUCUUUGAUUUAUAUGUUACCUGUGGCGGUACUAAGUGAACUGCAGCCUAUUAAGGAGAGUGAUAAAUACAAAUGUCGAGAGAGUUGGCCGACUAUCACUGCUGAACGACUUUUUAAUAUAUUGCUUGACAUUCUCCUCCUGGUGGUGCCUCUGCUUAUUAUGGUGGUUACGUAUUCCCUCAUCACCGCCACCUUGUGGAGAGCUAUGCGACCCGAAGUUUCAUUCACUCAAGGAACUAGAACUCAAAGUGCAAUAAAAAGUAGCCAAUCUUCAAGUCGGAAUGUCUUGCGCAGUAUCCUCGUGAGAUCCAACCCUAACUCUCCAUGUUCUUCAUCCAGUUGUGUACUAACGACUGAGAACCAAACUACUCGAGAAACAGACAUCAUGUCAGUGCAGGCAGUCACUAACACAGACAGAUCACUUGCACAGAAGAAACGAGUAAUCAAAAUGUUGUUCGUCGUUGUCUUAGAAUUUUUUCUUUGCUGGACACCAAUUUAUAUUCUUAAUACCAUCACUCUUUUCGAUCCUGUCGUCGUUUACCGAGGACUCGGUUACUACGGUAUCUCCUUCUUCCAUUUACUGGCUUACACAUCCUCUUGCUGCAAUCCAAUCACUUACUGUUUCAUGAAUUCUAAGUUUCGAGAAAAUUUUAUGGCCUUAUUUGGCUGUAAGAACAAAAGUUGGAAAUCUCGCCCAGACGGAAGUCUGUCAGCAACCUUCAAAACUACUGUCAAUUUCCGCAAACAAGACAGUGUUGUAUUCAAACAAAACGAGCCAAUCACUUUAUAA